AUGCCCGGCUUUCGCCGCUGGGGCAAGUCGAAAUUCGAGCGCAAUCCCGAGUCGUCGUUCAAGCUCCUCGCAGCCAUCAUCGUCAUCACACUGUACCUCCUCAUCAAGGAGUUCCAGAACCCGACUGUUCGAGACAGGGGUAUACCAGCGUUUGGGGCACAGAUCCAGCAUGCAGACUGGAAUGGAACAGGCAAGGCGGAAGAGGCACGGGCGAAGAGCGUGCGGGAUGCCAUGAAAUAUACCUUCUGGAAGUACAAGGAGAACGCUUGGGGCUGUGACGACAUUCUCCCUGUGUCGGGAGGCAAUUCCUCGUCCAGAAAUGGGUGGGGUGCUUUCAUCGUGGACUCGGCGAGCACCUUGGCCCUGAUGGGACUAUGGGACGAGCUGGCGCAUUCUUUGGAGCAUAUACUGGCUAUCGACUUCACCGAAGCGAAGGACCUCGUCGACCCUUUUGAAACCACAAUACGAUACUUGGGCGGGCUCUUGUCUAUUGUGGACAUGUACGACGUUGGGCUCAUUCCGGAGGAUAUACUGAGCGAAGAGGCACGCGACCUUGUACUCGAGCAUGCUGUCACUCUAGCAGGGAAGCUUGCCCCAGCAUACGAUACUCCCACAGGCAUGCCGUGGCCCCGUGUCGAUUUCGACACAGAACAAGGCGAACCAGACCCUUCUUGGGUCUUCAGCGACGACCCAACAAAACACGGCUACGACGAGCAUCCCGCCAUAGGCCCUGCGCGGACCGGCUCCUCCAUACUCGAGAACCGCAUCCUGACCAGAUUGACUGGCGAUCCCAUCUAUACGCAGAACUCGACAAAUGCAUGGGCACCCCUAGUGUGGUCCAACUGGAAGACACCGUGGGCUGGUAUGGUCGACGCGCCCAUCGAUAUCAUGACAGGCGAGCCAGUGGGUCGCCAAAGGCACUGGGACGGUGGGCAUGAUUCAUACUACGAAUACCUUGUCAAGAUGACACUCUUGGCCCCUCGGACAGAUCCUCAUAUCGGCACAUACAAGCGACGCUUUACCGACGCAGCCUACUCCCUACGCAAGCAUCUCAGUUCCCGGUCCGCACCUGCACCUGAUCACUACAUGCAGCACUUGUACAUCGGGCGUCAUAACGAUAAGCUGUACGAGAAUCAGCAAGGACACCUCGCCUGCUUCGCACCUGGCACCAUUCUCCUCGCUUCCAGACUUUACGACCAACCCUACCUCCGAACCUUUGCGCUCGCGCUCCUCGAGGGCUGCCGCCACUCGUACGCCUCCACACCUACGAAGAUCGGUCCUGAGACCUGGGCCUGGAUACCCAAGUUCGGAUACGACGAUCCGCACUUUGUCCCAGAAACCGCACGUCAGGAGCGAGAGGCCAUGAAGAGCGGCAUCUGGUCGCUGGAACCAGCAUAUAAAGGCCGGCCCGAGUAUGUGGAAAGUCUCUUCUACGCAUGGCGCAUAACGGGCGAUCAACGGUACCGUGAAUGGGCCUGGGAAGCCUUCUCAGCUAUGGAAAAGCAUUGCAAAGCGCCAUUCGGCUACGCACAACUUGCCGACGUUUACGAUACGCAUACGAAGGGUGAGGAUAGGUGGGUAGACAUGCAAGAAAGCUUCUGGGCAGCGGAAACAUUAAAAUACCUCUGGCUCACGUUCUCGGAUGUCGAGGUUGCAAGCUUGGAUAGCUGGGUGUUCAGUACUGAAGGCCAUCCGUUCCGCAUGAUACGGUAA